GAAUAACUUAUUUAUACUCGGUCUUCUUCUGAUAAUGUGAGCCCUAAUCAAGAUUCUGUAAUCAAAUGUCCCGACCACCUUCCAUUCAUGAUGGUUUCUUCUCAUCUGUCAGACAGGUAGAAAAGAGGCUGAAAUUGGAAAACCCACCAGAACCCUGCAAUUUCCCAUCACCACAGCCGCCGUCUUCGCUACCAAAACCAACGGAAAACGACACGCAGGUAGACUCGCUCAGCUCUCCGAUUUACCUCAACUUCGACAUACCCAAUAACAGCUCGGUCCUUCAAGACAGUGAAACUCCGAGAGAGUUCCUCUCCGAUUCCGAUUCGUUUGACUUCCCAUCAAAAACAGGGAUAUCGUCACAAUUGAAUAGUAAUCAUAAUAAUAAUAAUAAUGUAAAGGACUCACAAAGUAUUGAAUCUGAUGAAGAAGAUGGUCUUGACGAAAUUGAGUCUUUGAUUCGGCUACUGGGUUUAUCGGAUUUGAAGAAAACAGUUGGCUUUGUGUCAGACGACGGUGACUCUCAGUUUUAUGGGAAGAUCGUUGGUGUUAAAGGUCCCAAAAGUGGGAAAGAGGUGCAGAGAUUGGAAGGUUGGAUUAAGCAUUUUUUGAAUGAGGAUGGAGAUAAAUGCAUAGAGCCUUUGAGAUUGGCCCAUUUGCUUUUGGGGAAAGCUGCUUUAGUUUCUGGAAACACUGAUGAUGAUGAUGGGUUUAAAGGGAUUCCAUUUCCUUCAACUAUAGAGGAUUUCUUGCGCAAUGAUCCCCCAAAAGAUUAGACCUUUCCAGUUUCCAUCAAUUCUAUGUUUAGGACUUAUAGUGCAGCAUAUGUAUAUGAAAUAGUGUGAAGUAGAUGGUCUGAUAAAAAUUCAUAUAUUUAUACCAUGAAUCUACAAUGCAAUUCCUCUUUCGUCAUUACGUUGGCAAAUCGUUUUUAUUUGUCCUUUAUUAGAUUGAUCAAAAUCAAACCAUUAAUACAUCAGUAACAUGUUGUUUGGCUCAAGGCCUUGUCUUG